UCAAUAACUUCAUAGAGUGAGACAAUCCGGAACAACAACAUUGAGGAGUCUGACGGCGUGGAACCUGAGCCACCAAAUUAUGCAACGCUUGCACAACAGAAAUGAGUUGUUUUGACGUCUUGUGAACUGGAGGACAUUAGUGUCUGCGGCUGGUGAACCAGUAUACUUAUACUAAUGCAAAUUGCAGGUUAGGAUGUCAUUAUGGGUGGCACCUUUGGGAUGAGGUGUGGACUGCCUGCGGUCCUGCUUUGUCUGGCAGCUCUCCUCUGCGCCAAUCUGCUGCUGUAUUUCUACCUAGAUGCCCUGUAUCAGGACACUAACCCUCUCUCAGCACACACGCAGUGCCCGCUUCGCCACUUUAAAGUGGGCACCAUGACCACCUGUGUCCCUUGGCUUCAGUGUCCCGAAAUUCGUGCUGAGGUGCGUCGUGUGAACCUCAUCGGACAAGGAGCUGUGAAGAAGGUUUAUCUGUCCGAGUGGCGGGGUCAGAAGGUGGCGCUCUCCAUCUUGUCAUCAGAGCAGUAUACAGAUGAUUUCCUUCACGGACUGACGAUGCUGCGUGGCUUGCAGAGCGCCCACGUCGUGAUGCUUGUAGGGGCGUGUGAAGAGGAUGGUGUGUUUGUUACAGAGUAUCACCCUCUGGGAUCAGCACUGACGCUUGAUGCUACUCUCGCGCUAGACCGUUAUCACUGGCGAAACUCUUGGCAUACUCGUCUACAGCUGGCCAUAGACUACGUCGCCUUCCUGGCGUACCUGCACAGCAGUCCGGUGGGCAUCCGUGUCAUGUGUGACUCCAACGACCUGCACAAAACUCUCAGCCAGUUUCUGCUCACAUCUGACAUGCGUCUGUUGGCCAACAACCUGGACGCGCUGCCUGAGGUGGAGAGGGGACGUCGAGGGGUGAAGUGCGGUCACCAUGAGCUCACCGGGGACUUCGCUGCCCCGGAGCAGUUGUGGCCUCACGGCGAGGAUGUGCAGUUCUCGGACGAAGCCAUGCCUGGUUACGAUGAAAAGACAGACAUCUGGAAGAUUCCAGAUGUGACACGUUUCCUAUUGGGGAGUGUCUUGGGAAGUGACGUCAUCCAUUUCCACUUGUUUCAGAUCUACACCGAAUGCAAGAGGAAGGAGCCUCACAUGCGGCCGACGGCGCUCGAGGUGCUCAGUGUGUAUCGCUCUGUCUACGACAGCAUGAUAGAGACUCAAUCACAGAGAGAUAGAGAUAUGUUGUAGAGUGUAAUGGUCAUUAAAGGGGUCAUUCAACCAAAAACCUGUACGACUUACUUUCUUUUGUAGAACUUAAAAGAAGAUAUUAUGAGAAAUGUUCCUUGUGAUGGAAGCCAGCGGUCAUCAAAAUGGUUUAGUCACCAACAAUCUUCUUUUGUGUUCCACAGAACAAGUCAUACAGGUUUGAAAUUAAUGAUAGGAUUUUUAGGCGGACUAUACGUUUAAGUUUGAAAGAUACCAUUGCAGUGCAGUGGGUUUUGUCAUACUACACUGAAGAAGAAUAUGCAGCAAAUUUAUGACAGCAACAUCCAGAAGAGGAUGAGAUGCAGCAUCUCAGGGUUUCAGAUCUGAAUCCAGCUCCAAAUUCUUACUUAUGCUGAGACAUUUUGCAUAACUAUACCUCAUUAAAGUUCUGUUAAGUUAAGUGAAUAGAACUUACCUCACUGAUGCAGUGAUUAAGUGUGUGGAUUUUAUUUGAAUUUUAAUAAGAUAACAUUAUAAAUACAGAACCUGCUUUGUUUUGUUCUCUCUCAGUAUUUGGAAGCCUUUAAUAAAUCAUUUUCUGAACAAAGUGUGAUAGUGUUGAUAAUAUAGUAUGAUAAGUGCUUUCGAAACAGUUCUCCAUGAAGCUUUGAAACAUUUACUGAUCAUUUCUAAAUUCCGAUGUUUCGCUGCUAGAUGGCGUUGAUCUAGUGAACCCAUGAACUAGUGCCUAAUCAAUGGUUUGAUCGUCAUAAAUAAUGUACAGAAUCAGGUCUAGGUAUUGACAGAGAAUGUAGGCAAAGACAGUGGUAAUAUUUUAAUAAAUUAAUUUAUU